UUGUGUCCAUAUUAUUAUACUAUAAACUUUAAUUACUGUAAUUUUGUGACUUUGACAUUUGACGUAUUACAAUAAUUGUAUAUUUUCAUUUUAUUUUAUUUAUUUUUUAUUAUAAUUAUAAUUUUUAAAACUGUUAUUAGGAUUAUUGUGCCUACAAUGAUUGACUGUGUGUAAAGUUGUUGCUUUUAUUUUGCACAGAGCUAUACAAAUAAUACCGCAGAGAUUAACCGCUUAGAUUAUCGCUGGGUGACGCCUAACCUACUGACCAAUCACAACACAGGGGUGUGUCCAAAUAUUUUCGAAUGGAGGAAGAAGCAUACAGAAAGCAACAAAUUAAAACAAAUGCCAUGGCAAAAAGGAUAUUUGCAGUAAGAGCAUAUGUAGCAAAAUCACAACGAUGUAUCCUUCAAGGCGUUGCAAAGGACUGUUGCUAUGUACGCACUUAUAUUUGAUAUAAUAAAAGAUAUCCAUGUACGCAUACAGCUUACUUUUGCGCAAAGUAAAAUAACAGUACAUCAUUGGCAACAAGGCGGCACAAAAAUUGCCAAUCAAAUGCCGAUGAAUUCAUUAGGAUAUUUAGCAACGGAUAUAAAUUAAACGACUGGAUUAGUUUCAUUUGGAAAGUCUUUGCAUAAUAGACGGCUUUUACUUAAACCGGAAGUGCGAUUUCGGCUAAAAUGGACAGUGCCAAUGUCGAUAGAAAUGUGGGCUCAAAGAAAACGCGUAGCGGUAUUUUAAAUAAAUCCUUUAAAGUGAAUACAAUGCCGGCGCCGUCGAAAGGCGCUAAUCGGGUGCCAAAAUGUGCGCGUUGCCGUAAUCAUGGCAUCAUCUCCGAGUUGCGUGGUCACAAGAAGCUAUGCACCUACAAAAAUUGUAAAUGUGCAAAGUGCGUGCUAAUUUUCGAACGGCAGCGUAUUAUGGCGGCACAGGUUGCCCUGAAGCGUCAACAGGCGGUGGAGAAUGCUAUUGCACUGCGCCUGAUGGCCACCAAGACGGGCAAACAAAUGGAUGCGUUGCCGGAGGGACAAAUCUUUGGUCUGUCCACGAGCGUCUUAAAUGAUUGCGCGGAGGUGGGCGACGCAAUGGACAGACAAGUGCCCACACAGCGUCAAAUGAAAUCACUGCAAAUACAACAGAUGGCUGAGGACCUCAGCACGUCCAGUUGUGGCGGCAGUUUGAGUCACGAGGCAACAACUACUUCGUUGGGCUCAACACCCACCCCACCCUCUCCAGUGGUGGUCUCACAAAGCGCUAUCGAUAUGUUGGCGCAACUUUUUCCGCAUCGGAAACGUUCCGUACUAGAGUUGAUAUUGAAGCGUUGUGACUUGGAUUUGGUGCGCGCAAUUGAGAGCGUAACACCUGCAAUUAGUAACACAUUAACCGAUGCAACAACUACUGCCACUGCUAGCACAACAAUUAACGCAACAACAGCAAUAAAAGCUACGCCCAUACGGAGCGCCUUCAAACCGGUCACAGCGGAGUUGUAUUCGCACAAAGCGGGCUUAACUGUGAGUAGUGUUAGUGGCUCCCCCGUAUCCACCGGCUCACCGGCCAUCUGCGCCUACCCCAAAUGGUUUGUACCGCUCUCUUUUCCCGUCACAAUGGGCCAUCUAUCGAAUUUGGCGCCACGCUGCACCCUUCCCAACUGCACCUGCAUGGAUACGUAUCAAUUCAAUUGAUGCCGCCCGCACAUCUCCUACGGAUAAAAUAUAAUAUAAAUAGGCUACCAUGCAUUUGUUGUAAUUUUAUUAUUUGCUUUUAUUAUUGAAUAAAGAUUGCCUGUGUUGCCGGCGUGUUUGUCAGCUUUUAGUCAGAUG